CGACUGUUAUUAGGGACCAUGGAGUUCUCUUUUCAUAGAUACAUUCGGCUUUGUUCGUUUGUCCUUGGUCAUUAAAAAAAAAAGCUUGUAGAAAAUAUUCGCAUAAAAUCGACUUGGGUGUAUUUUUCAAGAAACAUACAGUAGCAUUCCAAUACUUGCAGUCAAUGAAAGCUGUGCUAAGAAUACCACAUGGAUGGAGUCAAUUUUUGUUUGAGGUCUUAUUAUUUGUUCUGAUACCCCCUGCCUCCUCCUUGCCCUUCGUUCCGUCCAGAAGCUGCCGCCCUCGUAGGAUGGAAUCGAGAACACACCCUUCUAACCUCCAGGCUGAAACACGUGCGUUCCUAUACCAUAUAUGGCCAAUGGCAGCUGUGGAAGGCCGUGCUUACAGAACAGGAAUGUUGAGUUACGGGAUGUAGUCGAUUGUGUGACGAAUAAGCCGGAACAGGCACGACCUUCGCUGGAGGGACUGAGGAAAAUCGGCGUUCCGAUGUGUGCCAGGAGAAAUUAUGCAAACGGAAGCCGACCUGCCACCAGUCACUGACUUGCCAAUUCAAGAGUGUUCGACUGUGACGAGAGUUGCCCUUGAGGAAGAGGACCCUGAGACCAUCACGAUGACGGUCAAAGAGGAGGCAGAGGCUGACCACGCCGCGGAACAGCAAGUGUUGAGUGACAACUCCGUGCUGCCUCCGUUGGAGGCGUCAACUGGGGGCGGCGCUGUAGAGAAAGAAUCUCAAGAGUUCAGCUUGAUGACUCAACAGCGACUGACAGAGUCACCCACAAAUGUUACAAGUACUCCUGCGAUCUGUUCUCCCCAGGGGGCGAAAGAUCAAGACAGACAGCAGCAACAACACAGGGUAGACAGGGGACGAAGCAGAGGUCGCCGUCGAUCACGGUGGAAACUGAAGUUCCAUCACCAAGCUCUUCCCCCGGAGUAUCUGGAUCACUACGAGGCAUCCAUCGCACAGCAGGAGGCCAACAGGGUAUCAGGUGACAAGCAGAAUUCCUCCACCAAUGAGAAGACAGCAUCAGGUUUGAGAAUACCCUCUGACAAAACAGGAUCAUCAGUUGGUGAGAAAUCUGCAAGGUCGCCCAUCCACUGCCUUCCUGUCAAGAUCGAGUCUGACGCUCACUCCGCGCAGUUCUCAGCCUCUGCUCCACUGAUCUUGAACACCGGAGUGUCCCCAGCGGAACAACUCAAGAUUAUCCCUUUGCAGACUUUAGGGUUAGGCAGAAGUGAUGGUGAGAUCAUAGCAAGGUUACAGAAUGACUUCCAGAAACACGCUGUUGACGAUGAAGUGAGUAUAAUAAAUGAGAGGAAACCAGUGCCAAAUCUGAACGGAAACAAAUGUGUGCAGCAGGGUAAAGGACUCUUAGGCUCCCUGUUGUCAAGCAGUCAACAGUCUGAGUCAGGAUGUGGAAACAAAAGUGUUCCUCCGUUGGACAGCAUCAAGAGACGGUCUUCCGUCAUCAUGUCAUCCUCUUCAGCAAAUGGCAACAGCACUAAAAUGGCCGCUCCGUCAACUUCACAGCAUCAUAAUGCAAAUACUACGGUGAACAAAGUGAUGAAGUAUCAGGAUCUGCCCUAUAUGGGCGAGAUAACACUUGACAACAUGAAGCCGAGGCGAGGUAGGAAGCCGAAGAAGGCAGAUAUUUGUCACCUCAUUUACAAGAAUUAUGGGACUAUAUUUCCUGGGGCUCCUAACAGUGCCAAUCUGGCAGAAAUGGAGGAGCAGACUGCUAGCAGACGUAGACCUCAGCAGGAGAGCCACGCUACAAAGGCCAAGCCUGAAUUGGCAUCGAUUACACAGUCGGGUAUAAAGUGCAAGACCAUCGAGUCUUUACGAGAAGGUGCUCAGAUCAAUCACGCUGACGUGCAGAACAGAAUCAUCAGCAGUCUGCUGGAAAAGAGGCUGACGGCUGCAACGCAGCAGGAUGCUACCAGAAAGAACAUGUUUUCGAAUAUCCAUGACUCGAACUAUAGCGGGGCAUGGAACAGGAGGACCGCACCCGUUCCACCCGUGUCACCCUCACCGACAGUGCCUUGCAGCGACGAGCCCUUGAACCUGUGUGUGAAAGAUUUAAAUCAACUUAAGAUAAGACUCCUGAGAAAACAUGGAAACUUUUACGAGCCUCGUAGUUCUGCUGCUGCGACAAACAACACGAAGCCAGGUCCAUCUCCUGUAUCUAUUAAGAGCGAACCAACUCAUAAUUCAUCAUCUAGUGACCUGGAGGAGUUGUUGGAAAUCAGUGAUGAUUCUCCAAAGCUGACUUGCACACCAGAUGGCAGCAGGAACCACACCCCAGUUCGAAAUGUGGGACCGACUGAUCCUUUUCCUCCUACUAUAGCAGGGCUGACAUUUCCCUCACCGCCUGAGUUUCAGGUCCCUGGAACAAAUCUUCCAGGUGGAUAUGUUUACUGGCCAGGUGCUGGAGUGUUUGUUCAUCCCAUGGCUUUGCAGUCACAGCUCCUGUACUACCAGAAGCUUGGGGCAAUACCUCUUGUUUCAAUGUCACCCACAGAUCAAUCUAUUUCAGGCCAGGCAUUUAUCCCCACUACCCCACUCCCAGUUCCCCACAUCACACCAGCCCCAAAUUGUCCCUUACCACAACAAGUAAAUACUAAGACAACAAAUACACAAGUUAAACCAGAACAGAAACAAGCAGCGUCUUCCAACAACCCAAGAAAUCUUAUACCAAAAGCUUUUUCUACGAUGCUAAGUCCUCCUAACUCUGGGAAGCCUUGCGGAGUGAUGCCGUCAGAGUUGACAUUCCCACGUAUGAAGAGGCUGGCUCCGUUAGGUAAUCCACCUCCAGCCUCUGGAGGCACAGGCACCAAGAGGAAACGUUCAGCCAUAUUUAUUCCUCCUAUGCCGAGCGAAAACAAUACAAAUCCCACGACAGAAGUUAGCAUCUGCAAAUUCAAGUUUACCGGCGGGGCAAAACCUAGUCUGCAGGAGAAGAAAAUGUUGUCAGUGGAUUCUGGAGGAAACUUCCGCUACUACAGUGGCACAGGUGAUAAAUCCAUGCGUGGAUAUGAGUUCUUCCCAAGAGAAUCUCUCCAACAGUCUGCAGGAGCCAGCAGAGGUUCUCCAUCUGAGCACUUCCUUGCAGCUGCUUCAUCUGCCAUUAUAGGAAAUGAUAAAAUUCCUGUUGUUCCUUCUACGCCAGGAAAUGCAUUGCGGGACAGUGCGUUAGUAGGAGGGUUUCAGUUAGACGAGCAUCAGAAAUAUCUGUCAACACCAGGACUUCCGACAGAUACCAAGCCCACCGGUUCGCCUUCGGGUGAUUUUACUCGAUCGUUGUCUUCUGAGAUGGACGCAUCGCAGAAAUCUUCAGAUGGGAGAGGAGUUUAUUUCGAUCCCCAGGGAUUAAAAAAGAAAUGUGAGAGUGGUGAGAAAAUUGACGGUGGAGGGUUCGGUAAUGACCACGGUGGACAAGGAACUGGUUCGCAGCAUUUCCGCUUGCAGAGACGCAAAAGAAAGACCCGGAAGUCUCUGGCGCGCGAGAAACUCGAGCAGACAUUCAAGGAGAAGGGUUUCCUCAUUCAGACGCAGCAGCUAGAGUCAGCGGAAGGCGCCACGUACUGCAAGUUCCGUCAACUCCGCAAGUUCACUCGUUACUUGUUCCGCAGCUGGAAAGACUACCUUCCGGGCAACGUGAGAGAAAUGUCAGUAGCAGCAGGUGUUGCUGGACCAGGUGAUGGAUCUCCUCCACCCCCUGGAGACUCUGAACUUGAGGGUGAAUUAUCAAGUAACCCCCCAACCCCUACCUCAACGACACAGUCUGCCCUUAUAGAGGACUCCUCUCAACAACCUCCAACCUCAUAGCUGUCGAAAUUAAUAAUUAUUAUAUUGUUAAGGAAAUGCAACUGGUGGGACGUAUUUCGUGAGCAGUACGUCAGACACAUUACUGUCACUUUUUAUAGUUAUUGAAUUUUGUUCUGUAAAUGGGUUAUGUAGGAUGUUAAAAAUCCAUGGCACUAUGCAAGAUAUUUUUUUUUUUACAUUAAAUUACACCCAAAUGUGUAGCGUGAAGAGUAAUGUUCAUUUAUGUGCUCUAAAGGUGGAAGCGUCUCUGUACUACCAUGCAGUAUCACGUUCCUCUCAUUUUGGUAAGUGGUGUGACUCCAGCGAACACUUUUGGAUCUCAGCAUCCAAAGAUCGAAGAGGGAGGAUGGAGAGAAUUGUAUUUCUCAUCAGAUAUUAUUUACUGAGAUCAAAUCGAGUAGGAAGAGUUGGGCAGGGCAUAUAGGGGCUCAUGGAAACCUUGAGGAAAGACACCAGUUGGGAGAAACAGGUGUCGUAGUUUUGCCAUGAAUUAAUUUACUUACUGUAGUUGUACUGUCCACAUAAUAAUUAGCCGAUGGCCUAAUGAAUUCACGUAUGAAUAAUCCUGUUACAAGACGACACAGCGGUCCAACUAUAAAGUGAACGUGUAAUUAAUUGUACAAGUCUAUUUUUGUUUUAUACAUAUUGUACGUCGCAGAUGUUUUAAUCAAAAAUGGUGCUAAAUCAGUAAUUGUUUAUAUGAAAGGGUGUGUAUGUAUUUCGUUACAAUAUUUUUGUUAAUGCGUGAGUACUCUUUAAUUGUGUACGUGAUGCGAGUAGAAAAUCCUGGACAAACUCUUGACAUUCGUCUUGGGCGGUGUUAAAUCGACUGUGAUGAUAAUCAGCAGGUUAGUGCUACUCCCAAAGUUAAAAUGAGACUUACGGAAAUUUAGGUUAUGUUCUGUAUAUAGCGACUAGGCAUCGCAUGAAGUUAUAUUCUUUUCUUUUCUUACAGAAAUUAGCAACCCUCUUUCUAAUAACUGUGUGCCAUAAAUUGCCAAAGACUUAAUAUAUUAAUAGCUUUUUGACUUUUUUUGUUGUUGGUAUUAUUAAAAUCAGUGAGUGAACCAGAUAUUUAAGGCCUUUUUGCAUAAGCAGAAAAAGAAAUUUCACAUUAAGAUGUUCUGUAGAUUUUUCUUCUGGUUUAUGUUAAUUAAUUAUGAAAAAAAACAAAAUUACUUUCACAAAUUAAUCAUUAUUUUCUCACUACUUUUACAUGGCUGCCUAAAAUUUUACAGUACAUAAACUGCAAAGAAAUAAUUUCAUAUUUUGAUGUCCACAACAAAUGUCCUUCCACUUUUCCAUAGCUUUUUCUCACUCCAUUACGUCCCGUCAUGUUAUCUAUUUAACCACAGCGACCAGCGUUUUCUUAAAUUGUGUUUUAUUCCUUUUUGUUUAAAUUUCUGUAUCACGUAAAUCUUUUGGAUUAUAAUAUUAAUUGUAAUAUUACUAUAUACGUAAUAGGCCUGAAAUAUUUUGAUUAUUUCGAGAAAUUAUUAAUAUUUAAAUUAAUUUAAUAAAAUAACCAAAGAUUCUUUUGAUUUAUAUUCAUAUUAAUUUACUUAAUAAGUGGGUUUAGUUGGGUUUCAUAUAACAGCUAGUCAAUUUAGUGAUAUCAAACUGACACAUGUUUGAAACAUGCAAAAAUGCGAACGGAAUGGUAAUGACUCUCAAAUUACUGAAUGUUUAAUGUUCCAAAGUAAUGCACGUAAAUCUGAGGUUAUUCACGUCUAGGUUUUGCAAGAUUGAAAUUUUAUUCGUAAUGUUUAAUGAUUACAUUUCUUUAACAUAUUAAUCUAAUGGUUUUUAAAUGUUUGAAUGUUGAUGUUGGCAGCUCACAGAUGUGUUACAAACUUUAACAAAAAAAAAAUCUCAUAAAAUAUUUCACAGUAAGACGAGUGUGGUGUAUAUAUAUCAGAUUAUUUUAUUUAAUGUGUACAGAAAUUAAGAUGCACAGUUUAUACACAGGAUGAGGCCUGCUUCGAGGUCAGUGGCGAUGUUCGUGUUGGUAGCUUGACAAUCCAGUCGUUCACAUGUACAACCACUCGUAAUACAAUGUACUGCUUCUCUAUAUAUCAUGCACUACACUGCAUUACUUUAGUUGAUUAAUUUUGUUAUUUUAUAUUAGAGUGUGUACAUAUUUUCUUAGUCCAUUGUAUAAUGUCUUAUUUUUGUAACAAACACGUACACUCAGUUGUGGUAUUUGAGAAGUUAAAAUUUAUCAUUUACCGUGUAGAAAUUUGUUAAAACUUCAAACUUGGGUGUAUUAACGUUUGAAACUCCCUUUUCUUCUCAGUAAAAUGACACGACUUUCCAUUAUAAAAUUAAUGUGGAAUGUUUUUUGGAGAAUUGUGUUUGAAAUUGAUUUCUCUUUUAUAAGCAUAAGCAACCGAAUUUAAUAAAUAAUAAUUUCAUCGUAACAAACUUUCAAGUCCGUACAUAACCUAAAUGUGAUAUCGCUAUGAGAAAUCAGUAGAAACAGUUCAUUUUGAAACUCCGUAAAGUGUAUGAUAUAAACAUGUUUGAUUCUGAUUAGGUAAUGCUAUUUACUGGAAACAAACACGUUUAAUACAUUUUCUUGGUCUUAAUUGAACCACAUUAUGUGGUCCAUAUUUCCUAACCUACAAACAUUUUAAGUACGGUAACUACUGCACGGAAAAAGUACAUUCAUAAACAAAUCUUAGGUGAUUAAUCUGUCCAUGAUGCAGAUAGAUCACUUAAAACUAAGUCAGUGUUGUCUCUGAUGGCCAAAGUUUUAAUUAAUUACGUUUUCUGAAAGUCUGUAUUAACUAAUUAUAAUCUACUGUCAACCAUUCCUUAUGCUUUAAGAGCUCUGGAUCAGAAGAGGUUGAAUUUGUGCCAAAACCUUCUUUGACGCAAAGUAAAUUGACGUAAAUGCAUCUGAUCUCAUUUUUUAUUCCUUAAAAAACAAAUCAAACUGCGAAGUAUAACUUAUUCCUGUUAAAAUAUAUUAUUAUUAUUAUCAUCACAUGUUCUGAAAUAAUUAAUUGGAGAUUUAGUUUCCGUAUUUCUUAAUUAUUAGUUCAAUAAUUAAUUGCUAAUUCUAUAUAAAAGCUUAAAAAAAUAAUUGUGGGUUUCCACUUAUAAAUUUCACGUAUAAGAAUUGAAAGUGAUUUAAAUCAGAUGUUGAAAUUAUUUGAAACAGGAAACCAUCGUAACACAGAAUAUUAAUUUAAUUUCAAUUAAAAAUCUCGUCAUCUUGACUAAGAAGAAGUUUGCGACGAGACUGACAAUUGAAUUGUAUUUGUUAAUUAUUAAUAGCAUCUGUUCUUUGAUUAAUAUGUCAGCAAACAGAGGACACUGUAAUACUUUUGUGAAACUUUUUUCUCGCUAAUGAUGGAAUAGAUCGUAAUAAAAUCAAAUGUCUACUUUUGAACCCGUCAUACUGAAGUUAAGUUUAUAAAAGACAUUUAAUUUAAUAUUCAGCUUAGAUGACGAAAAUGUUCACUUCGUCUAAAGUAGUAACAGAUGAAGGUCACUAAUUGUUCACCAAUACUACUUCAAGGUCAUCAAAUUUGAAAUUCAUCUGAGCCUGUUUUUGUCAGCGUCAAGGUCAUUGAAAUUUUCCUUCCCUCUUUAAGCGUGAAGCCGAUUACGUUACGGUAUUUGUAAAUGUAGGCUAAUGCCAGAAUUUUAUAGAAACUUUCUAGUUUAUGCCCACAAUAAAACAAAAUCACGUCUGGAAUGUAAAAUUCUUUGUUGUAAAAUUACUUUUUAUGAGAAUUUGAAUGAAUGUUGGCGUAUUCUGUAUGUUAGUGACUGUUUUAAAACCUCUCUCUGAUACUAUGGUGAUAGUAUUUCGUGAAGAAAUGAGAAAUGGAAAGUCAACAUCUUCAUUAAAAUUAAUAAUUGAGAAUGUUAGUCCAGGAUAUUCUAAAUCAAAUGUAUGAAUGAAUUAAUUUCUUUGUGAAAGAAUAAACACGUAUUUUGAAUGGUGAACAUUUAUGUAUAAUAUAUAAUUCAGUUAAAUGUUCUUGAAAAAUGUAAAUUAUGUUAAUUUAUUCACACACACUAAAUAUAAAUUUUAUAUAAUUAUUUUUUAAAUUGUAACAUGUACAUCUAGUCUGUUUGAUGAUCAAUAACUUGUACAUAUUUAGUUACAUGGAUUGUUUUUCAAAGAUAAUUUUAAAUAAACAAUGGUUGUGCUUCUUUUGUUUA